AUGAAGUUCUCGUCUCUUUGCUUUCUGUCGGCGCUUCAGGCUGCUUCGGCCCUUAAUCUUGGAGAGGGUUAUGAGCACCCAAUUGAGGAUCUCGACAAGGAUCUUCCCUUUUCCCAACCAGUGACAUUCGCUCAUCUCGAGUGGCAGCGAUGUCUAGCUUCUGAUCACGAAAAUGUUCCCCUCGACAUUGCCAUCCUCGGUUUCCCCUAUGACACCAGUACAUCUUACCGACCAGGCGCUCGAUUCGGCCCUCGAGGAAUCCGCGCCGGCUCUUCGCGCGAGAAGAAAGGUCGCAGCUACAACACAGUCUGGGGCGUGGAUCCAUUCGAUGAAGGAUUAAGCAUUGUGGACUGCGGCGACAUCCCCAUAACCCCGUUCGAUGCCGCCCACGCCUUUAAGCAAAUGGAGCAAGGAUAUCGACAAGUCCUCCACCAUUCGAGCAAUAUGUCCAAGACUACGCAAGAUGCAUGGCCCCAUCCGCGCAUCAUUAGCCUGGGUGGGGAUCAUUCGAUUGUCCUACCCAUCUUGCGCUCUUUGAAGAGCGUGUAUGGACCCAUUUCAGUUAUUCAUUUGGAUUCUCAUCUGGAUACUUGGGAUCCUUAUGAGGGGUAUACGGGUAUUGCGUCUGAGCAGUCUGCGAUUACGCAUGGAACUUUCUUUUGGCAUGCCAGUCGGGAAGGGUGUAUCAACAAGGGUGCUAGUGUUCAUGGUGGACUGCGGACUAAAUUGUUCGGCCCUAAGGAUUACGAAAUCGAUAAUGAUAUCGUUGGGUUCCACCGGAUUGAGGCCCGGGAGAUUGAUGAUAUCGGUGUGAAGGGGAUUGUGCAGAGAACUUUGGACGUCGUCGGAAAGAAUCCGGUCUACCUUUCUAUUGAUAUUGAUGUGCUGGAUCCGAGUAUUGCCCCGGCUACGGGAACUCCUGAAUCUGGAGGCUGGACGACUCGUGAGCUCAAGCGAUACAUCGAAGGGCUAGAGGGGCUGAACUUGGUUGGAGCCGACGUUGUGGAAGUGAGCCCUCCGUAUGACACGGUGGCAGAGACGACUUCGGUCGCAGCAGCCGAUUUGAUUAUCGAUAUUUUGGCGGCGAUGGUUAAGAAGAAGUCUCCGGAUUUCAAGAUAGGAUCGAGUGCAAGCAAAGAUGAGCUGUGA